AUGGCUCAAUACACUAGUCCCAAGACUAAGGCUCAGAUAAUUGCGCUGAAAAAGCUCAAAUACUCAGAUUGGGCAAUUGUUCAGCUUUUGCAACCUCAGACCAAGGUCUCUCACGCAACUCUUGGAGUAGAGUACCAACAGCAGCAAAUAUUAGAUGGCAGUACUUCCCUGCCGUUGGGUCCUCUACCCUCCGCCGCUACCUCUGAGAGCUGGGUUUACAGCUGUACAAACGCCGCCAAGUACCCCUGCUCACUUAUUGGCAUAGAAAAGCCUGUUGCGCGUGGGCCCACAGUUGAUUAUUCUGGCCACAAUCACGCUGGGACAACAUUGUCUUCUUGGACAAAGUCCAAAUCAAGUUAUUUGGGGCUAACAGCAGCCAAUAUUACUGGAGGCAACCUAACAAUAUCUCAUGGUGGCAGGGGUAUCUUCAUUUGGGGGUACAUUACCCAAGAGGGAGUUGGGCAAUUGUACCUUAUACAACGCAAGCUGAACGCCCUGGGAUACAUUGAAAUCCUUGGGGACGCCUUCUUUGGAACCCUUGCCAACUAUAAAAUCACUGCAUUUGACAUUACAUUCCAGCACAACCAAGAUCCAAAGCAUACAGCCAGGCUGACACAACAUUGGCUUGCCAGUUGGGGCGUAAGCGUCCUCCCAUGGCUGUCAAAAAGCCUGGAUUUGAAUAUAAUUGAGAAUGUCUGGUGGCAUCUGAAGGAGCGCGUGCGUACUCACCAACCUCCUGCUUUGAAUAAGGAAGAAUUAUGGAAAAUAGUGAGGGACGAAUGGAAACAAAUUUCCCCAAAAUAUAUUGGCAAUUUGUAUGAUUCAUUACUGCGUCGAGUACAAGCUGUGUAUUUAGCUAAAGGUGGAAACACCAAAUACUAA